UGAUUGACAGUCCUAGGUCCUCCCCCUUCCUCCAUUCCUCUUCUCCCCUGCCUGCUGCAGGGCACUCCGAGGAAAGCAACUUUGCAGACCGUAGUUUAACCACCGGGCAGCGAAGCUUUCAAUGAACCGGAGCAACGGAGCCGUGUGAAGUGCUCCCACUGGCAGGGGAACAGCAUGCACACAGGGCUUGUUGUUCUGGUUGCUUUCUGCCUGGCUGAGGAACUGGUGCUUGGGGGUGGGAAGAAAUCCUAUAACGGACCAUGUGGGGGUCGAGAUUGCAGCGCGGGCUGCAAAUGUUUUCCAGAGAAAGGUGCUCGGGGUCGACCGGGACCUAUUGGGAACCAAGGACCUAUAGGUGCUCCAGGAUUUACUGGGCAAGAAGGUUUGGCAGGGGCAAAAGGUGAGAGAGGGGCAGUGGGCUCUCCAGGAUCAGCUGGACUGAAAGGAGAUAAGGGUCCAAUGGGAGUUCCUGGAUUUCAAGGCAUCAAUGGAAUUCCGGGCCACCCCGGCCAGCCAGGGCCCAGAGGUUUUCCUGGACUUGAUGGCUGCAAUGGUUCUAUUGGGAGUCCUGGCGUUUCAGGGUUGGAUGGGUUUCCUGGUACACAGGGACCACCUGGUCGCUUUGGUCCCAAAGGUCCCAAAGGAGAUCCUGUGUAUGACGAAGGUGGCCCUAAAGGAAUUAAGGGUGAAAAUGGCCUUCCUGGAUUGGAUGGGAUUUCUGGUCCAAAAGGUUUCCCUGGCCCAGCAGGUUCUGUGGGUCCUAUAGGAUUGCCAGGUUUGCAGGGGCCAAAGGGUGCAAUGGGGCCACCAGGACCAAAAGGUAAUAUGGGAUUAGGUUUCCAAGGAGAGAAAGGUGAAAAGGGAGAUGUCGGGCCAACUGGCCCUGCAGGUCCACCACCAUCCACUGGGAUACUAGAGUUCAUGGGAUUUCCAAAAGGGAAACCAGGAGUAAAGGGUGAGCCGGGCCCUAAAGGAUUCCCUGGGAGUAAAGGAUUCCCUGGCCCUCUGGGCUUUGGGGGUAUUGGCGAAAAAGGAGAAAAGGGGAUCCCUGGCUUACCAGGUGGCAGGGGAUUUCUGGGAUUGGAUGGAUCUGAUGGGAUUCCAGGGAAAAAGGGUCACGUUGGUUUCUCUGGUUUUCCUGGGCUGGAUGGAGUGCAAGGAAUGAAGGGUGAAUUAGGUGAAAUGGGUCCUCCAGGCCCUCUUAUUUCUCUUGAUAGAGAAGACGGACUGGUCUCAGUAGGUGUGCCAGGAGAUCCCGGGACUCCAGGGACUCCAGGCCCUCGAGGAGAUGAAGGAAUUGCCGGUUUACCAGGCCUUCCUGGCACCCCAGGUCUCUCAGCUCUUGUUCAAGGGCCACCAGGUCCCAUGGGAUUUCCAGGUAUUCCAGGUACUACUGGUGAACCAGGAGACCAAGGGAGAGCAACAAUUGGAUUACCGGGCACUCCAGGCAUAGAUGGUUUACCGGGUAUGCCAGGACCUUCAGGAUUGCCUGGUCCAUCACAAAUCCUCAAUGGAGAACCUGGGGAACCAGGAAGACCUGGACAACGGGGAACACCAGGAGUUUUCGGACUAAAGGGGACCAAAGGGGAUCCAGGUGAUUGUGCUUGUGAUGGAGGAGCCACAAGAGCUGGACCAAAAGGUGCACCAGGCCCUCUGGGUCCACCAGGAAGUCCUGGUGAACCUGGAUUUAAGGGUUCCAGUGGAGAUCCAGGCACUGUGGGUGCACAAGGGCCGCGAGGGCCUCCAGCUUUACCUGGUCAACCAGGUUCUCCAGGCCUUAAGGGAGAAAAAGGGGAUCCAUCUUUUGCAAGAGGCAGAGGUCCUCGGGGGGAUCUUGGUGCAAGAGGAGCCAGAGGGCCUUCUGGUAUCCCAGGAACUCCUGGCAGAGAUGGAUUCCCAGGUUUACCAGGCCAGCCAGGUCCUCCGGGUGAUGGUGGACUAGGAUUUCCAGGCGAAAAAGGCCUGCCAGGAUUAUCUGGCUCCAAGGGCCGGCGUGGGGAGAGCGGUCUUCCUGGCAUUGGUUUCCCAGGUCCUAGCGGAGUUCGCGGCCCUGCAGGUGACCCAGGAAUGGAUGGCUUUCCAGGACAAUCAGGUCUUCCAGGUCCUCCAGGGAUCACCUUGCCCUGUGUAGAUUCUGGAGCGUUUGGUGCACCUGGGCCUCCAGGAAUACCAGGAUUUCCAGGUCCCAAGGGCAGCCCGGGGUUUCCAGGCAGUCCAGGUCAACCUGGAUUAAGUGGGUCAAAAGGACAACCAGGUAUUCCAGGAUCAAUGGGAUUGCCAGGAGCACCAGGCUUUCCUGGGCCUCGUGGAGAUCAGGGACCACAAGGACUUCCUGGACUUGAUGGAACAGAUGGUUUCCCUGGAAAGAUGGGAGCUCCUGGCUUGUCAGGGGCAAAAGGAGCUCCAGGUGAAGUGUUUGGUGCUGAAAGAGGAGCCCUGGGUGAGCCUGGCAGACCUGGAUUCCCAGGAAAUAAAGGGCUUAUUGGAGAACCUGGAUUUCCUGGACAGACGGGUGUUGACGGAAGGCCUGGCUCACCAGGUUUUAAAGGCCAACCGGGUAAUCCAGGGUUCCCAGGUAUUGGUGGAUUGCGAGGACCUCCUGGUCCUGGAGGUCCAUUUGGCAUUAAAGGAGAACCAGGUCCCAGGGGAGCAGUUGGCUUCUCAGGAUCACCAGGCUGUCAAGGACUUCCUGGAGGCAAAGGACCAACUGGCGAUGCAGGUCCACCAGGCCCUGCUGGUAUGAAAGGCUUCCCAGGCCUAGAUGGUUUUCCAGGACCACUUGGGGACAGAGGAUUCCCAGGAUCACCUGGGCCUUUGGGUAGAGAUGGACGUCCAGGUUUCUCUGGAGCAAAAGGUGAAAAGGGUCCUCCCGGGUUGAUUGGCUUUCCUGGCAUGCCAGGCCUGCCUGGUAUCCCUGGGGUGAGUGGGCUGAAAGGAAUUCCUGGGUCAGCUGGAAGGGAAGGAAAUAUUGGAUAUUCUGGACCCACUGGUCUAAAAGGUGACCGGGGUGAGCAAGGGCCCCCUGGACUCCUGGUUCUUAGGCCUCCAGAAUUGGCAUUGGUAUUGAAGGGAGACAAAGGCGAUCCUGGGUCAGCUGGAUUGAGAGGAUUUCCUGGACCUAGAGGUGAUAAAGGAUUCCCUGGAAACCUUGGACAACCUGGUCUUCCUGGUUCACGAGGGUCGCCAGCCACAGAUAGAGGACUACCUGGUGAUGCAGGAUUCCCAGGUCUGCCUGGACCGCCUGGCUUGCCAGGACAGAAAGGACUGGCUGGAAUCAUAGGAUUACCCGGAUUUCCAGGAGAAAGUGGUUCAGAGGGUAUCUCAGGAGCACCAGGGUAUCCAGGGACUGGUGGUUUCCGUGGUCCAAAGGGUGACCCAGGGGAAUCACUUGGAAUUUCUGGUGGGUUAGGAGAUAAAGGAGAACGAGGGGACCGUGGAUUCCCAGGUGAGAGGGGAAAAGAUGGGCCAAAGGGUGAACCAGGAUACCCAGGAAGCACUGGUAUGGAUGGGCCUAAAGGUAUCCCAGGUGACCUGGGCCGAGAAGGACCACCAGGCCCCCCUGGAAUUGCUGGGUUGCGAGGAAAUGCAGGUCUCCCAGGUUCGCCAAGGCAGCCUGGACCUGUAGGAUUCAUCGGACUCUCUGGGAUAGCAGGGCCAAAAGGAUUCCCUGGAUUUCCUGGUUUAAAUGGUCUGAACGGCUUGCCAGGCACAAAAGGGUCACCUGGAACACCAGGUCUGAGUGAAGCUGGACUGAACGGCCCUGCAGGGCUUCCAGGUCCUAAGGGUGAAGAAGGCUCCCCAGGCAUUGGCCUAGGAGCCCCAGGACUCCCUGGGCAGAAAGGAUCAUCAGGAGACAUGGGUCCUCCAGGUACUUUGGGUCUGCCCGGUUUACCAGGGCCUCCUGGCAUCUCUCUUCCUUCAAAUAUACCUGGGAGGCGUGGUGAUCCUGGCCGUCCUGGAGUGGAUGGGAAUCCAGGCCCCCCAGGCCCUCCAGGUCCUCGAGGGCUCUCUGGCCCAGCCUCCAAUCAAGGCGAUACUGGCCUUCCAGGUCUCCCUGGAGUUCCUGGUUUGCCAGGCAUAAAGGGUGACAUGGGACUCCCCGGUCCACCUGGAAUUCCAGGAGCUUCAGGACUCAAAGGUGUGAAGGCUGAGCCAGGCCUUAUGGGGAUGCCAGGUAAAGAUGGGCUUCCCGGGGACCCUGGAAUUCCUGGUCUGAAAGGUGAAACUGGUCGUCGAGGUUUUCCAGGCCCACCAGGCGCUCCAGGCCUAGUACCAAAACCAGAAGAAGUCAUAGUUCCUCCAGGGCUACCUGGUCUGCCAGGAAUUGAUGGUGUCCCUGGCUAUGCUGGAGAUCGUGGAUUUCAGGGACCAGAUGGACAGCAAGGUCCAAAAGGUCUGUCAGGCAGAUCAGGUCAGGUGGGACGUCCUGGUUUACCGGGGUCAGAUGGCAUAGUUGGGGAUCCAGGAACCCCAGGUAUUCCAGGGCUACCAGGAUUGGAAGGUGUCUCUGGAAAGCCAGGUCCAUUUGGUUUGCCUGGAAUGCCAGGUCGGGGUGUAGGCGUUGGAUACACUUUGGUGAAGCACAGCCAGUCGGAGCAGAUCCCGCCAUGCCCAAUUGGAAUGAAUAAGCUCUGGGAGGGUUACAGCUUGCUGUAUGUGGAGGGGCAGGAAAAGGCGCACAACCAGGAUCUCGGUUUUGCUGGCUCCUGCUUGCCUCGCUUCAGCACCAUGCCAUUUAUUUACUGCAACAUCUACGAGGUGUGCUACUAUGCCAGCCGCAAUGACAAAUCCUACUGGCUCUCCACCACUGCUCCCAUCCCUAUGAUGCCAGUGAGCCGGCUGGAGAUCCCACAGUACAUCAGUCGUUGCUCGGUGUGUGAAGCACCUUCCCAGGCUAUUGCAGUACACAGCCAGGACAUUACCAUCCCGCAGUGCCCCGAGGGCUGGCGCAGCCUGUGGAUUGGAUACUCGUUCCUAAUGCACACUGCAGCUGGCGCAGAAGGCGGAGGUCAGUCCCUUGUCUCACCCGGCUCUUGCCUUGAGGAUUUCCGUGCUACUCCUUUCAUUGAAUGCAAUGGUGCCAGAGGAACCUGCCAUUACUUUGCAAACAAAUACAGCUUCUGGCUGACGACAGUCGAACGCACGCAGCAGUUUGUCAGUGCUCCUCCCUCAGAAACUCUGAAAGCAGGACAGCUCCGAACACGAGUCAGCCGUUGCCAAGUAUGCAUGAAGAACUUGUAGCAAAAACCACUCAAACAAAUAAAACUUUGCUACUUAAGAAUUUAAACCUCAAUCAUUGGAAGAAGAAAUAUAAACACAAGCCCAUUUUGCUGGUGGUUUGUGGAUAAGUUACAACAGCUGGAACACUAUAGAAAUUAUGUUUUAGAUCCAUAAGAAAGGGGACUUCACACAGAAGGAAGGAGGGACAGACUAAUGCUCUGAAACCUCUGACUGUUUUGUGGAACAUGGUGCUACACUUUUGCUUUCAUGUUUGUUUUCCUAUUCAUGGCUACCUCAGAAAGUCUCUGUGCCUUUCUCAUUCAGAUUGCAGCGUGACAGGCACCCAUCCCUUUUAUGCACUCAUCUAGAGCCAAUGAUAGAUUUUCUUAAAUAAGUUGGUGCUUCACUGAUGAGUUGUCUUUGCAGAAAGCAUUUGGCACGGCCUAGGGGAAUAAACCUUGAUUAGAUGAGAAAAUAGGUAAUGAAGUGGAUUUUCAAUAGGAAAGGAACUUAACUCUAAAUAAAACAAAUCACUGCAGCAGAGGUGCUCAGAGUAUUAAGCAUUAGAGACUGAAACCUGGCUUACCUGGGAAGUUCUUACUUAAAGAUGAGCUCAUUUUGUUUUGCUUUUUAAAUCAGUUGGCAUAAUCUUUGGUUUCAGUGAUGCAUAAGCAACUUGGAGCCAAAUUCAGACCAGCUGUAACUGAUUUCCCCAGUGAAAAAUGUGGAUUUCUACUUGAACUUAAAGCCAUUUUCAUUAUUCAGCACAGCUUUCUCUCUAUUGAAAUGUGCUCUAUGUAAGCACACAGUUCAAGGUUUGUCAUUAUACUUUUGCACUCUAGCAAUUUGUCACCUCCAGAAUAAUUUCAUUAGUACACAUCUACCCCAAAAUAACGCAACCCGAUAUAACACGAAUUUGGCUAUAUCGCGGUAAAGCAGCGCUCCAGCGGGGCGGGGCUGCACGCUCCAGUGGAUCAGAGCAAGUUUGAUAUAACGCGGUUUCACCUAUAACGCGGUAAGAUUUUUUGGCUCCCAAGGACAGCGUUAUAUCGAGGUAGAGGUGUAUGUACUGUGGCAGAGCUACAACUUUGUCUCCGUGGGUCCCGUGCUUCCAGGCGGUUUAUGCUAGCUUCAGAGGCUCAUUGUGACCCUCCACGUAGCCCUUCUCUCUCUAGGACCAGGCUUACAGUCUACUGAGCCCUUUUCAUCAUAAGCCAGCAAGGAGGUUGGUGAGAGAACUCCCAUAGUCUCUGUUGUCCCUACGGGCUUAUUCAAGAACAGUUUAGCCUCCUGUCCUGAUAGGGGCCUGUCUUCCCUUUCCAGGAGGUUCUUUCUGUAGUGGCGGGUUGGGGGGAACCCAGGCCUGCCCUCUACUCCAGGUUCCAGCCCAGGGACCAUAGUGGCAGUAGCUGUUGGCAGCCAACCUUUUACCGCCAGAGCUGCUACACUUCCCUGGGACACUUCCCCACAGAUCUCCCACUUCUCUCUCUUAAUGCCUUCCUCACCCUUACCUUAGGGCUCCCUUCCAGUGGCUUGAGAGGGGCCUUAAUUAGAGUCAGAUGUUCACAUUAGCUUAACGGCCUCACCAGGUUAAUUAGAGUCAGGCAUCCACCCUAGCCUGGAGCAGCCCCCCCUCUGGUCAGUCAGAGAACAGAAAACUGCUUAUCCAGUGGCCAGUAUAUCUGCAUUCUACUAAUCUGCUGUACCCAACUGGCCUGCGUCUGUUACAGUACAUGUGAAAUCAGCUUUCCGAGGUAGCUUUGGAACAGUUUUUUUUGUAAGUAUUCAAAUUGUGUAUAUUUUAAAAUGUAGAAGCCUUAUUAUUUAGCAUUCAAGGUUAGGGAAACACAGAAACAAGCAGUUGUUGGAUGUACAUUUUUUUUACAGCUAAAAUCACCUGUAUUGUAUUCCUCAUCCACUGGGCUUUAUUUCUACUAGUUAAAAAACACAUUACUGUAUUUCUAAUGCACUGUUAAAUAUUCACACAGUUCCUUCAGGUUAUAAUUACAAUCAGUAGUACUCAAUUUCUAUUUUCCUGUAUAUUCUAAGGGAAAGCCAUAAAUACAAUAUGUCCAUGUUGAGAAUUAACUAAGGCUAAAGCUAUUAAUUUCAGCUUCUUUCUACAGGGAGAUUGGCGAUACCCAUAGGUAUCAGCAUUUUAGAGGAUCUGAAGUGAGGGCCUUGUAAAUUCCUUUUUUUUUUUUAAAUUGAAAGACAAAACUCUACAGAAAGUUGCUACUGAUCCAGGAUAAAGACUUAAUCACUCUUCUUUAUUAUUGAUUUAGUCUAGCAGGGUACUUAGAACUCUGGCCUUGAUUCACUAAAGCGUGUGGUUGAAUUUAAGUACACAGGUGGGCUCAUUGAUUUCAACAGGACUACUCACAAGCUUAAGAGUGUUGCUGGAUCAUGGUCAGGGUACUCAAGACCCUUGCAUGGUUGAGCCCAAUUGGAGCUGAGCCAAUAACUUGCAGUCAACAAUUUAUUCUUUGAUGUAGCCUCUUUCUGCUUGCAAAAUAUCAAUCACAACUUUGAAUUAUUCAACAAACAUCUCGUUUUUUCACUCCAUAGUUUGAUGAUGCAUCCAUGUCAGAUACCUGAGCUGUGUUUUAGUUGGGACUGCUCCGAUAAGUCGCAUGGUAUUUGACUUUGAAUUUCACUUUCUGCAAAUAUUGGUGUCAGUAAAACUCAAAUAACUCCAGUGUUUGUUUUAAAAAUUUGAGCAAAUAUUUGUGGAAAACAUUUUUAUUUGUCACCCAUUCUACUCAUUAGGUGCCAGCAGGAGAAGCACCAGGUCUGGUACCAACUUAUUUGUUUGGAUGUUGAGGGGAGGGGUGAGGAAAAGCGGGUUCUGCUCUGGAUGCACAUGACUGAAAUACACAUAUCUUUUCAGGAGCAGGGUCUAUGUACUUGUUUAGCUUUAUGCCCCGUGCGUAAUCUCAUUGCUUGCAGUGACAGAACUUCCAUUGACUUCAGUAGGGCCAGGAUUUCACCCUGAUAGGUAAUGUUAAGCACAAGCAUGUCUUUGCAAGAUCAGGGCCACAGUCUGAUCUUCUUCCACUCCUAUCUCCAGACCUUCUUCCAAUCAACCCUGUAUUUACCCCCUCUCCUUCCAGCUGCUGCUCACUACAGGCUUCCUGGAAAAGUGUCAACUUCAGAUUUCGCCUCUGAGUUGUGUUUACGUAAUGAAAGAUAACAGGAGGGCAAUAAAAAAAAAAAUGGACUGAGGAUGAUAUAUGCCUAGCUUCAUUGCUCAGUCAUCUAGCGGGUACUUCCCUUUUCUGUGUAGAUGUCAUCCUUUAGAAUGUAAGCUUUUCACAGCAGGGGCUGCAUUUUCACUUUUGUCUGGAAGGCACCAAGCAUGGUUAUGGUCUUAAAUGAAUACUAGUUGGGGAGACAUCACAGUUGUUGUUUUUUAAAACAGCGUGCGGUGACAUCUCCUUUUGUUAAUGUUCAGUUUCCAAACUGUGGUUAAUAAAGGCAAACAAGACAUUAA